CCGGCGAGCGCUCGCGUUCACGUGUACCUCGCGAAACGAAACAGUUUUCCGGCGGCAGUCGCCGAUCGAGCGUUCCAUGGUGUUUUUCCUUCCAGUUCAUUGGUGCUAAUUCGUGCCGGAUAACGAAAACAUUCGGAUGCCUAUGCCGGGUCGGUUCUACUUCGAGCGCUAGUAAAAAUAAUAGUGUUUUCGGCGGAUGCGAUGAAUAAAUUUUGCAAAUCGAGUCAGUGUGCCGAGAAGAUCUGUGAGAGCUAUGUUUUGAUCGAGCGGCGUGAGGUGCAAGUGCCGGGUGUUGAGGACGCGAUUUUAACCUCUGUGAAAUUGCGGCGACGCGACAGCCUUGAGGAACUCCUUAGGGUUUCAGUGUGUGGUGGCAGGAGAAUCAGGAAGGAAUCGUUCGUACCGGCUUGCUGUAUUCCCGGCACGUGCUAAGACAAGGUGACAAGUUACCCGUGAAGACAUCUUAAGAAGGAGAAGACUUUAAGUGCCAUUCGAAACAAGUUUACCAUAAGAAGUGAUAUAGUCUCAUCUAGUGAUAGUGCAUUACCGUGAUAUAGACUUAGUUUAAGGUGCUAACACCAAUAGAUUUAGUGUUAAAAGUAACCAAAAAGAAGCGAAGCUGGCUCCAUACAAGGAUAUAAUGAACUCAUCAAGCAUGAGUUCCGCUGUGCCUACGAUUAAGUGUGAGGACACUUCGCCGUCGCCCACAGCGGCGUUGGGCGAAGGAGAGUCUUCUGGCGCAUACAAUCUCAGCGUGAACGUGAACCUCAGCACUGCGGUCAUCAACCUGCUGUCCGCUGAGACCAACACUACAACACUCCGAACUCCCGAAAUUGUCAACGAUGUAAUCACCAUGACCAAUCCUCUGGACCAGUACAAUUACAGCGAUAAAAAUUCCAGUUUCAAGCCGGGAAGCGGAAACGAUUCCAACUCUUCUAUGUCGAACGGAUCUUCGGCCACUUCACCCGCUUCUGGUACUCCGCCAAGCAUACAAAAGACGUGCUCGGAUCUAAUAAAGGCAGGUCUGAAGUUGUCCAUAGAGUCCAAGAGGAAGAUGUCGGGGAGCGACACGGACGGCGGCUUCAAGCGGUUGAAGAAGGAAGAGAGCGACGAAGAAUAUGACAGCAGCCAUACGCAGACCACCAAGAGUGAAGGGCUUACACCAGAAGAUGAAGAGCGCAGGCGGAGGAGAAGAGAAAGGAACAAAAUUGCAGCAACCAAAUGCAGAAUGAAGAAACGUGAGCGCACCGUCAACCUGGUUACUGAAAGCGAAGUACUCGAGAACCAGAACAUAGACCUGAAGGCACAAUUAAAGGACCUGGAAGUGCAGAAAAGACAGCUGAUGGACAUGUUGUCCCUCCACUCCGCGUCAUGCGUCAAGAACAACAAUCCCAACACAAGGCAGUCGCCGACGGCAAGCUACAACAUGAUACGGCCAUACGAGUCGCCAACAACAUUCCCCACUUCAUUCGAAGCGUCCCCCUACAUAAGGCCGGAGUCGGCGAACAUCCUAGCGUCCAGCUACACUUGCGUCACUCCACUCAAUAACGAUUCUUCCAUCGACACAGUUUCGUCUCUGGACACCAUCUACAUGCAACCGCAGAUUGUAGACGACUACAACAGACCGGACAGUGUACUCAGUCUACCACCCAACUCAGAAGCCCACUACAUCUCUACCGAUGGAUAUCUACCUAAAGCCACAAACUUACUUGUUCCAAUGGAUACAGAACAAGAAUACUACGACCAAGAAGUGACAUACGGUCUACCGACAACGCAACAGUGCCAUACGUACCCCGGCACCUUGUCUGACACGCAGACGAAACUCAACAAUGGCCUCAACGAUGGAUGCCUCGUUUAGCCAUCAUUUAUCGAGUACACCAUCCAUUCACUUUUUGUCGGGUCCAAAAUUUACUUUGACGUUUGUAUACGUAUAUUUUAAGCAUUGGAGUUUUAAAAUUAAUUCGAAAUAGAGCAUCACCGUUGACAAAAAUAUAUAGGUAACUGUAUUUUCGUCUAUUCGAUAUUCUAGUGGGAUAACAGUAAGAAUUUAAAAAUAACAUGGAAAAAUUUAAUCGCGUCUUGUUGGAAAAUGAAAUAGAUGUGCCAGAAAGAUGUGUGGCGGGGAAUUUAUUUCGAAACGAAAUCGUAUGUCUACUGUGUAGAACAACAACAUAUUAGGUUUAAAUGUGGAGGUGCCUGAAACGCAAAGCUUUGAGGAGUCCAUUUAUCUACUGAAGUCGAGUGUAAAAUUUUACUAAGAGUUUUUGAAAUGUUUCUUUUGUGGAAUCGACGCCAGCCGUAAAACCAAGAAAUAAAAUUGUUUCCAGAAAUUUAUAAUACAACCUUAAAAAGAACCUGUUACCGCGAGUCAACUAAAAAGGAGUUUAAAGCUAUUUAAAAACCAUUAUCAUCAGUUGCUUAUUUACUGCCAAGAUUAUAGGAUUUUUUUUUAACUUUACAAUGGAAACUCCAUAAAAGUUAAAGAAACGAAUUGAGUCGUCACAUUUCAUUAAAACAUAACACGUAUUUCUUGAUUAUGUAAUAUUUUCUUUUGUGUUGUGAAAAUAAUUUCGAGUCACUGUCGCGUAGGAGUAUCACUGUGAAACAGUACGGUAGGUAGGUAGGUAGGUAGGUAUAUCACAUAAUAUUAUAUUAUUAUUUAGUUGUUUAACUAUUAACAUGAAAUUAC